CAAACAAGAAAGAAUAUCCUGGGAAAACAUUGUCAAAUAAUUACCAGGUUUUGACAGAUCAGCAAGAUCCAACAUAUUCUACACCAAUACAAGGAACAAAAGUUAUUGGUUUCGAGUUUAAAAAUUUGAGAAGUUUUAUAGCAGAUUUUGACUUUAAAUUGAAUUCUGUAGCAGCCCAA